AUGAUGACCCGGGACCAUCAUCAACGGCGUCGCAGCCUUGAGAGCUCGCGUCGCCGGCGCAGAGAGCGCCGGGAUUCCAGAGAGUACGAGUACCAGAUGAACCAGCUGCAACACAUGCCAGAGCCCGACCCCGGACACCAGCUCCAGCCUCAGCAUCAACAUCAACAACAAUACCAACAACAAUAUCAACCCCAGCAUGACUACCAGGUCGCUGUGCGCCAGGACGAGUACCCCCGGGAUCCCUACGGCCACAUGCAGCCCGACGUGCGGUCGCGGGCCCUGUCGAGCUCUGGGUUUUCCUCCUCGUCCUCGACCUCGUCCUCGCUGCUGAACAUCUCCCGCGACAACAAGAAGUUUGGCCUCAAGUCCUUCUUCUCCUCCGAACGAUACCAGCGGCGCGUGCGGAAGAAGCGCUCGCGCCGCCUCUUCCGCUUCGGCAAUGGCUCCUCCUCGUCUGUGAGCUCCGACAUGGCGUACGGGAAGGGCUACAUCGAUCGCAGGCGGAGCCGGGACUUCACACCUCCGAAGCCCGGCAGGCGCAGGGACGGCAGCGAUCUCGAGAGACCGCAGGGCCCCAAGCGCGAGAAGACGGAUGAGGAGAUCAUUGAGUUGGGACGCAAGUUUGCCGAGAUCGCCAGGCUGCAGAACAAGGAAGAUCUUCGGCGCGCCGGACGACACAGACCAUCCGCCUUGGUGGGUGCUGCUGCGGCGUUGAGUCAAUUCAACAAGACCAGCAAUGCCGGCCCUUCGGAAAGAGGUAUUGGGAGCUCGAGGCCCAGCCGUCAUCAUUCUUCCGAUGACUCCGAGUGGGAGUCUGCCUCGGAGGAUGAAUACUCAAGUGAGGAGGACUCUGGUCUGGUCUAUGGCUCGACUACGCAUCUGCCUGCUGGUGGAAACCAGCCUAUUCAUAUUUCCAGCCCACCGCCGUCGAUGAGCCGACCCGGGGAGUACGAGAGACUACUCCAGCACAAGCCGUCCAUAGUGGACCCCAAGCUCUUUGGCCCUGUCAACUCGCUCCGUGGUAUUGUCAACACUCCCUGUGGCUUUGACAAGUUGGAUCGAAGGACCGUCAGUGAAAGCUACGGGCAAUCGUCCGUAGCGGGACCCAGUGCCUCGAUUCCAGCGAGCGGUUCUGUCUCGUACGAAGGCCGCCCGAUGCAGAGCGUAUACCCGGUACCCACCUCCGAUCCCAAUGUCUUCAAGGUCGGGCAAGACUCGAUCAUAGUUGAGCAGGACACGUCGCGCACGAGGCCCGAACCUGUCCCCAUUCAACAACCAAAGCCGAUCGCGCCAGUGUCCAGCAAGGUGUUCGACACAGCUGAGUCUGAUCCUCGAUACUCCAGGCGGACAUCCUCAGGGACCGCUCUGGCUGGCGCGGCAGCCGCAGGUCUUGCUGGUGCCGCACUCGCUGGUGCGCUUGCCGAUCGCAGAGAUGGCCGGAAAGACGAAAAAGAGAAGCAUCGCGAAGAGAAGCGUGAGCGUGAGCGCGAACGAGACAAGGACCGGGAGCGCGAAGAGAGACGACGGUCCAAAUAUGCCGAUUCGAAGUAUGGAGAUGAGCGCGACGAGAAACGCCGGUCCAAGCGCUCCGAUGACAAGUAUGCCGAUGGGAAAGAGGAAAAGCGCAAGAGCCGCGAUGACUUGGAUCGCUACGAGAAACGCCGCGAAAAGGACAAGGGCAAAGAGGUUGUGAGGCGAGACCCAAAUGCGGAUCGCGAGGACGAACGUGAGAAGCGGCGCCGUGAUAAGUAUCGCGAUGAGUAUGACUACGAACGGGAGCAUCGGGACCGACCAAAGGAGGACCAUAAGAGCGACAAGAAGGAGACUCGUAAGGAUGACCCACGUGAAGAGAAACACUCAAGUCGCUCAUCCGAGGCUGAUGUGUACCGCCGGCUCGAAGGCCCAGCUAAUCCAUCUUCCAAAGGCCCGAUAGACCCCUUUCAAUUUCAAGUAGCCAGCGAUGCCUUUGCAACGCCGCAAUACGGCAAUACACCGAAGCGGCCGCUGACCCCCCAGGUAUUUACCGUAGACCGGGAACCGGACUUUUCCAGGUUCGAGGAUGACAUCAAUCCCGAGAGGAUGAGCCGCAGAGACUCCUACGAGCGAGAGCUUCGCGAUACCCAAGACAUAUAUGAGAGCACCAAGAACGCCACGGCUCCCAUUGCAGCGGGUGCUAUAGCUGCUGCUACAGCCGCGAUUGUGACAGAGGAGCGCCGUGGCCGAAGCCGUAGUCGCGGAGGCGAUCGAACCUCGCGCAGAAGGGAGGACAACCGUGAUCCUGUGCAGGAGGUUGCAAACAUCCUCUACCGCCGAGAUCUCCUUGCACGACAGGCAGAAGAGGAACGAUCCCGCAGCAGGUCACCCGAUCGUUCGGUUGUGGAUAAGUGGCAAGAGGACACCGAGCCGAAGACUCCCGAAAUCGUUGCACCACCAGCCAAGGAGAAGCCCAAGGAGAAGAGCCUUUACGAUGCACCUGAUGCGGACGUGCGCAUUGACAAUAUUCUGUCGCCCAGGGACUUGCCCAUCAUGACCCGCGGCCGUCUGCUCAAGUCCCGCGAUCCGUCUGCUGAACGGGAACGACCGAUGUUGAACCUCGUCCGGCCGACUCCUGUGCCUACGCCAGUGCCCGAGAAGCAAAAGGCCAAAGAAGAGACCCGAGAGGAGCCAACCACCGGGACAAAGAGGCAGUUCAAGAAGAAGAAGAUGCCUCAGGUCGAGACAACCCAGUCAGUGGACGACGUUGUCAUUGGGCCCCGGGGUGAGGUUGUUCAGACCCCUUCGACGCCAACCUCUAAGGGGGUCACUUGGGGUGAGAAUGAGACUCGGCGGUAUGUCGUAGAGAGCCCAGAGCGCGGCAACGUUGAGUCCUCUGGUGCUAGAGUCGUGAUACCCGCCGAGACUCCCAAGAAGUCCGGCAAGAAGAGUGGCUGGGGAGUCCUUGCCGCUGCCAUCGCGGGUUCGGGUGCUGGAGCUGCUGCAGCUUCGACCGUCUCGGACUCCUCAAAAUCCAAGGACAAGGACGAGACCUCUAGCAACGUCUCCUCUAGCUCGAAGAAAUCUAGAGAGUCGUCCAAGGACAAGGACGAAACCGGAAGUAAUGUGUCCUCGAGCUCGAGGCGGUCACGAGACUCGCCCAAGGACAUCGACGACAAUGCAAGUCACGUCUCGACCUCGUCACGCAAGUCUCGAGAUUCUCCAAAAGGCAUGCGCAAGUCUUCUGUUCCGUGGGACGAAAUCAUUGACGAGCCGCCUGUUCCUGGUCCGAAACCCCCCAGCCCCCGAGGUGCGCAGAUGCCGGGUUCAUUCGCCGAGGAUAUGGCUUUCACAGCCACGGUUGCUGCAGGGCUCCAGGACAGUGGGUUUGAUCCUAACAUCGUGAUCAACAAUGCUCAGUACCAUCGGCGCGACUCGCCUCCCAACUCUAGUCAACCCAGCCUUUACCAAACUCCAUUUGCUGAAACCGUAUCGGACUUGGGUGUGCGCCCUGUCGCAGGCUCUUCUCUCUCAAAGAACGGAUCAGAUCACGGGUUUAUCCUUGGCGAGGUCCCAGAUACGCCGGCAGACGAGAGGGAAAUCGCCACCGACAAGUCUGACAUCUAUUCCCAACUGAGCAAGAAGGAGCGUAAGAAGCUGGAGAAGGCAGCCAAGCGGGAUAGUGUCGACAACUACAAGUCCGAGAUCGUCGUUAUCGAGGAUCCCGAAGCUUCUCAACCGGCCCCUCUUGAGGAGGAUGAGUGGGCAACGUCCUCGAAGCUCAGCAAAAAGGAGCAGAAGAAACGCGACAAGGCUGCCAAAGCUAAGGGGAUCCAGGAGGAAGAGUUUGGAGUGUCUACUCCACGUGAUUCAGAACCCGAGACCCCUCAGCCCAUCGUCGACGAUGAUGAAUGGUCGACUUCGACCAAGCUCAGCAAGAAAGAGCAGAAGAAGCGGGACAAGGCUGCCAAGGCUAAGGCAUUGCAAGAAGAAGAGGUCAUCGAAAUCGCCAGUCCGAAGGAGCCAGAGCCUGUACCCGUUGAAGCUGCCCCUGCUGAUGAGUGGGAAGAUUCAUCCUCCAAGAAGAAGAAGUCCAAGAAAGAUAAGAAGAAGGAGAAAGCCAUCAUUGUUCAGGAGGACCCGAGUCCAUUCGGUGAAGCAGACAACUCGAAGGUCUCUGUGCCUGUUGAUGCGUUCAGGGACCUUCAGGAGGAGGUUCAGAGCACCCAACCAGACGACGAGUGGGGCUUGCCCAAGAAGAGCAAGAAGAAGUCUAAGCGCGACUCGGAGAUAUAUGAUCCACUCUCACAGUCGGGCAUAUUGCCUGAAGUUGAAGUUUCUAGAGACGCCUCAGAGACGAAGGAGAUCCAGCCUGAAGAUGACUGGGAUGUCCCCAAGAAGAGCAAGAAGAAGUCCAAGCGAGACUCCGGGCUUUACGACUCCCCCUCCCAAUCUGUGGCUCCGUCUGAGGUAUUUGGAGAGAGCUCUCGGCAAUCAGAGGACGCCAUCACCGUUAUCCCUGAUGACGGAUGGGACACUCCCAAGAAGAGCAAGAAGAAGCACUCUAAGCAAGACUCCUUCGCCACGGAUAAUACUGACUGGACCAACGUGCCAUCAGUGGUUUCAGAACCCAUGACUAAGAGUCAGUCAACGGACUAUUUCUCGACCGUCGAGCCAACCAGUUAUGAUGACUGGGAUGUCUCGAAAAAGUCUAAGAAGAAGUCAAAACGUGACUCAACCUCUUACGACUCCCCGGCCCAGACUCCUACUACUGCAGACAACAUUGUAGAAUCACCCAAGGCAAUGACCGAAUCGUUUAGCGAUCUUCGCAGCGAGAAGAAUGGCGACCUUGUUGACGAUGAGUGGGACUUACCCAAGAAGUCAAAGAAAAAGUCGAAGAGGGAUUCUGGCGUCUACGAUUCUCCCUCCGGCUCUAGAUCGGCCUCGCGGUCUGCUGCGCCGUCUGAAAUUUCAACUUCGGAGAGCUCCAAGAAGAAGUCGAAACGAGAUUCAUAUGCCGACUCUCCCUCGCGGUCGAAGGACGAUUCUGAGAUCUCCGAGAGGAAGAGCAAGAAGGAGAAGCGUCGCAGCGCUCCCGGGAGCUUUCCAGAGGAUGACGAUGGUGAACCUCCUGAUAGAGGACGCGAUAUCUACCAGUUCCUAGACAACGAUGUAAGCUCUGUCGUAUCCGCACCAAUCCGGGAUGACGAUCAUCGCCGCUCGGACAAGAACAGAAGUAGAAGUAGAUUCGACGACUUCGAUGAUGCGAAGUCGGUCGCUUCUGCGCCUGGUGGGACCCGAAAGAGUAGCAGCAAGUCCGAGAAAGACAAGGAGAAAAGGAACAGCGGUUCCUCAGGUCUGUUUGACCGCUUCAAGUCGUCGAUUGGCAUUUCAGAUGAAAAAGACAAAGGCUCUCGCAAGUCCGAGGAGGACAAGAAGCAGUCUUUUUUAGAUAAUGCCGGCACUCUUGGCGCGGGUGUCGGCCUGGCGGGCGCUGCUGCUCUUGUAGGAGCGCAGAUGUCCCGACCAAAUGCCACCGAUGUUCCUUCGGAAAAGGAAGCUCACAGUAUUCCCUUCACUCCCCAACCACGAUCUAGCCCCAGCGCGCAAAGGCGAGGCUCCGAUAUCAUUGACCCCGAGAUCGUACAGCGGGAAAUUCGACCUGCCAUAGACCCACAAUAUGGCGAUUUAUUACCAUUACCACCCAGUCCUCCUCCUGGUUCCUUAACCUCCGAGACUGAUGAACUUCCGGCUCUGCCGGACAGUCGGCCUGAGACACCCGAGCAUGAGCGGCAGCUUUUGCGUGAGCUACGCAACAAGCCAAGCCAUAUUCGCCGCAAGAGUGCGAACGAGACUCCGCUCAACCUGAGGUCUCCUAGCCAAAGUGCGAUUCCUCUCCGCUUUGGUAUAGGGAAAGGCAAGCGAUCCGAACCGUCUUCUCCUGGCUUCCGACGGUCUUCGCCCAUGUCAUCGCCCAUCGCUGCGCCCGCUGAGAAUUACAGCGCCUCCAAAACCCGUUCCCCUCGUCCAAUUUCCUGGGACAACACCAAAGAGUUCAAGCCCUUGUAUCUGGUGGAAAAGACCUCCAGAGACUCCAUAGCCCUCACGCCCGACUUUGAAGAGAACUUACCGCAGUUACCUGAAAGCGGCCCACCCUCGCGUGAAUCACCUGCUCCCGAGGCCAAGGAGCGUGAAGAGGACGUCCAGUACGAACACGCACGCGAUUUGUCCACAGAUCUUGCGUUGAAGCUCGAUAUACCUACAGCGUUGGCGGACUUCGAAGCUAAGGGACUUGGCUCUCCAGAUACGACACCAAAGGCGCAGACUGCCGCCUUAACAGAUGCGUUCAGCACGCCUCAUCAGCGGGAGUUUGCUGCAGAUGAGCCGGACUUGCCCCCCACGCUAGAUAACCAGGAUCAAGGCACACCAAAGCCGGAGCCCGUCGAGCCAAUGUCCAAGGACCGAAGCUCUUACCUGCUUCACUCGAGCCCUCCUUCCGUCAAGAAGGAAACCAAUGUCAGCGACUUGCACCAAGACUCUCCAAGUCGUAUUGCUCUGAGCAAAUCUGGCGAGCUUACAGACAUCCCUGAGAGCACCGACGACCACAACAAGCAAGAAUUGGCAGGUCUUGGUGUUAUGGCCGGUGUGGCCGCAGGUACCGCGGCUGCUAUUGCCUUGCUUGAUGAGCCUGAUGUCCAGCAGCCAGAUGACAUGAGCACCGACCACGAUGUUUUCGUAGAUGCAUCAGACAAUCUCCCGGGACAGGAUGAACCCGCCGAGUUCAGCCUCUCAUCUAAGAAGUCCAAGAAGUCCAAGAAGGGCAAGAAAGGGAAGUCCGUCGAGAUUGAUGAAUUGCCACCCUCCCAAGCAACCGACGAUGCUCCCCAACCCGACACCGAUGCUAGUUUGAGCCAAGACUUGGCUACUUCAGCUCCCGAGCCCCCUGUCAUUGAGGACGACUUUGCUCCCAUUACACCUUCUAAGAAGGGUAAGAAGGGCAAGAAAAACAAGAAAAGCCUUGCCUGGGAACCUGAAGCCGAGCCUCUGCCUGAGGUCGAAGGCACGGCCCAGCCUGUUCAAGAUAUUUCUGAAAUUCCAGAAGACUCUACUCCUUUGAUUACGGAUGAAGUUACUACACCAACCCCGGAAAUUUCCCAGCAGGAGACUGGGUCUGAGCAGCCCACACUGCAGCGGUCUACAAGCAUUUCCUCUAAGAAAGGCAAGAAAAAGAAGGGCAAGUUGGUAGCCUGGGAGCCCGAGCCCGAGCCCGAGCUGGGUGCAAUAUCUUCAACACCGGAAACUACAGAUAUUGCGAACGAUGCAAUCGCGGAAGAUAGUUCGCAGCCGCUGGACAUCACAUCUGAAGCUUUUCCAGAGACUCCAUCGGAGCCUAUUCAACUGACCACCCGCGAGCCUGCAAUUACGGAGGAGCCUGAGCCCGUACUUGCCGGAAAGAAGGGCAAAAAGAAGAAGGGCAAGAAGUCCCAAAUCUGGGACCCUGAACCAGAUUUCACCUCUUCUCAGGACACAGCGCCAACCAGCUCGUUCAACUUUGAGGAAUCACAAGAGAUCAGCUCUGACCCAAGCCCGCCAUCCAAUACUCAAGUGGCUGAGCUGUCGUCUGCCCCUGCUGAGCAAAGUUUGGACUUCCCAGAGGCAACCUCUGCAUCGGAUGAGCAGCAGCGUAGCACAACAGAGACUGCUCCAGCAGAAAGCCAAUCGACCGGGGCCACGUCGGACGCCCAAAACUCGGCUGCGGAGACCGUCUCAUUCGAGGACACCGAUGCUGUGCGAGAACCUGACGUUCCUGCGCCCUUCUCCGCAGAGAUGCAGGUAGAGGGUCGCCACACUGAUAUUGCGGACCUGAGCAACGUCAAACAGGUGGAUACUGACCUCCCCAAGUACGUGGUUGAGGCAUCCAUGCAGCCCGAUCCUGCCAGCUCGGCCAGCGGUGAAGGCCAAUCCCAGUUGAAUCCCGGUCUGGGUGCUCCACUUGAGGACCCACUUGCCGGCGUUGGCUCAGAGGACAACACUAUAGACCGCCUAGCCCAACCACCUGUGGAGAUGGAAAAUGUUGUGCCUGCAAGUGAUUCUCAUGGGGAGGGUGCCAUUGUUCCCGAGCCAAACACAAAAGAAAUUAUCGACGACUGGCAACAAGACUUUGGCAGCAGCAAGAAGAAGAGCAAGAAAGACAAGAAGAAGCGACAGAGUGCUUCGGUAUCCUUGGAAACGGAGCCAGACGCUCCUACAACCAGUCUUGAAACACCGCAAGAACCAUUGCCUCAGAAUGUGCACUUGACUGAGCAAUCAACUGAAAGCUUGACGUCUACCGGAGAUGAGCCUGUGCCAACUCAGCCUGAGAUGGAGGCUACUGCAGAUGACAUCUGGGCUACCCCUGUGAAGUCCGGAAAGAAAGGCAAGAAGGGCAAGAAGGGCCGUCAAGCGUCUCAAGUUAUUAAAUUAGAUAACGACGUUGAGAAUUCUCAACAAGGCCCUGAGGAAACGCCGUCCACUGAUACCACAGAUGUCACUCUCUCGGCACCUGUCAGCACUGAACCCGUGAGUUCUGGUAGUUGGGCUGAUGAAGUUGAGGCCGAAGAGAGCAAAGAUGUGGAUAUCACCGAGAGUCUGCAACCCGAGACUCAGCCUGCACCUGAGCCCGAGCCUGAGUUAUCGGUUAGCAAGAAGAAGUCCAAGAAAGACAAGAAGAAGAAUCGUGCUUCGCCCCAAUUCGACCAAACACUUGAUGAGGCAUCACCUGAGCCGCUCGAGACUCCUGCUGUGGUAGAUGAACCACUCUCCACUGAACCUUUGUCUGUGGACCAAGGGCUGAAUCCGGAUGGCGAGCGUGCCAUUGACCAGCCUGAUACGGAGAAAGAGCUUGCAGAUGACCCAUGGGCGGCAACUUCGUCUAAGAAGUCCAAGAAGAAGAAACGACAAAGUGUCCUAUGGGAAGACACCCCUGCGGCGAGCGAUACUCAGCCGGAGUCACAGACUGAGCCCAAUCUACCGAUUGACGAGCCGCCUAUGCUCGACGAUGACGUUGAUACUGGCGUCGCCUCUUCCAAGAAGUCUAAGAAGGAUAAGAAGAAGCGCAAAGUUCUUUUCAUGGGCACGUCAGAUGAGAACCUUCUGAAAGCAGCUGCGGAGUCUGAGAAUGGUCCUACCAAUACCAGGCAGUCCGAAGAGCCCGCACUUUCCGGCACUGAGCCUACGAUCGAUGCGCCUAUGGCCGAUGGAACACCAGCCCCAGAUACAGCUGAAGACGCGGCACCGGCACAUGAUUCACUGCUUCGGAACGAAGACCAGAAGGUACCGCAGAGCUCACAAGACCAAACAGCGACCCCUGAUACGGAAAUGGGUCAAAGUCAGGACUUGUCGAAGCCUGAAUCUUACUCGGAGCCUGCCAAUGUACCAGAAUCACAUGAGGAACAGGAUGCAAAUGCCCAAGCUACCGAAGUCACUGGUGCCUUGCCCACUAUGGAGCAAGAUCCUGUGUUAGAGGUACCCAGCGGCGAGAAUGCGCCUGGCGUGACUCCUGAAGAUGAGUUCCCUGUCUUCACCAAGAAGAGCAAGAAAGACAAGAAAAAGCGUAAGAGCAAGAUCGACGACAUGCUCGAGUCGACAUCGGGGACGUCUACGCCCAAGGAAGAGUCCACCGUGGAUGCAACAACAGUGGAAUUCCCGACCGACACCCCUUCUGCCAGCCAGGAUCAAGUACAGCCUGAACAAAUCAUCUCCGAGACUCCGACUGGUGAGGAUUCAACACCAAUUGAUGCUGAUGACCAGAAGACCGACGACGCUGACUUUACCGGCUUCUCUACCAAGAAAUCAAAGAAGGACAAGAAAAAGAAGAAGCGUGGUAGCCAAAUUCAGGAUUCCGAACCCGAGCCUGAGGCCGAAAAGACAUCCUUAGGAGAGCAGGAGCAGGAGCAGCUUGCUCGAUCACAGUCACCAGUCGUUGCCGCUGAUACUUCGGAAGCGCUCGCCUCGGCAAAGCAAGAUGUGCCUGAGGAGUCCAAGGAGUUACCGUUGGAUGCAUCGGUUCUCAAUCAAUCACAGUCACCCACGCCUGGUGAGGCUGCGCAAGCAGUAACAGAAGCCACAGACUCGGAGCAACUGCCUUCAGAAGAGCCACUGGCACAUCGCCCUGAAUCACCUUCUCGAGUUGUGGAUGCCGCCGAACAUGUUGUACCGGAGCCGGUGGCGGCGGCGGGUGAAUUGGAAUCCAUGAUGCCGUCAGAACAGCCUGCAGAGCCUCAGGAAGAUGAUUUUGCUCCCAUUACAAGCAAGAAGGACAAGAAAAAGAAGAAGCGUCGCAGCCAGGUCGAAGAACCUGAAUUGACCAAAAAAUCGUCUUUUGAAGAAAUGAUGAAUGAUUGGCCAGCCGAUGAGUCCCAACAGAAACCUGCUCAGGAAGAAGGGCCAGCUGCACCUCUGGAGCAGCCCACUGGGGAACCGCAAGACGACGAUUUCUCUGGAUUCUCGUCCGCCAAGAAGUCCAAAAAAGACAAGAAGAAGAAGCGAGCCAGUCGCGUUCCAAGCGAUGAGUGCCCAACAACGCCCUCUGAGGAGGACGUUGGUCAGUCAACCUCUUCGGUGCCCGAGCCUAAAUCUAUCUCAGCCCCAGAACUCCCUGAGGAUGCGCCCGUGUUGCAGGACACUGUUAUUGAGCCACAAGAAGGAUCUGAGCAGAAAGCCGUGCCAGUAGCUGAGCUCCCGGAGCAAGCUACGGUCUAUGAGACCCUCAACAACGCUGUAUUGACUGAUGUCAAGGACAACACCGACGACUCACUUGCACGAGAAGAGCCAUCGGCCGAAGUUGAGCAGCAAAUAUCUGCUGAGGCGCCGAAGAGCCCGAUCCUGGGACAAACGACUGAGCAAGAUGUCCCAAAGCCUGAGGAAGACCCUGUCGAAUUCUUUACUGCCCCCAAAUCCAAGAAAGACAAGAAAAAGAAGAAGAAGCGCGACAGCCAGGUGGUCACUGAGGAUCCUGUUUCUCUUCCUGAAGAGUCUUCUACCUCGACCCCUGAGGACCCGGUCUCAGGCCUGGACGUGGAUCAUGUACAGCUGCAGGAUACAAGCAGUCGACAAGUUGAUGCAUCUCCUGAUGAAACCGCAGUGUCCGGUCCUGCUCCAGAAGUUGCUGAGCCUUCCGUCGAACCCGACCCUAGCCCGUCCACCGCUGUCGAGAUCCCGGUGGAGGAUGACUUUACUGGCUUCGCUUCGGCAAAGAAAUCGAAGAAGGACAAGAAAAAAAAGAAGCAAGCCAGUGCCUGGGACGACGAGAAUCAGCCCGAUCAGUCUCAAACGGUAGAGGACCCUGCGAAAUCCAAUGUUGAGGCUGUCGAGGAGCAGCCUGCCGCCGAUGAUUCUACGCCUCUUGACAGUGCUAAAGAGGAAGAGGGCUUUGAUGUCACUCCUGCUAAGAAGAGCAAGAAGGACAAGAAAAAGAAGAAAUCGGCUUCCGUGUGGGAAUUCGACGAACCCCAAGAGCAGCCCACGCCGCCUGAAGCCCCACAAGAGCCAGCCACCCAAGAGAUGGAGCAGGCUCAGUCCGUCGAAGAAACACCACUUGAUAGUUCCAAGGACGACGACUUUUCUGGCUUUGCGUUUUCGAAAAAGAGCAAGAAAGACAAGAAGAAGAAAAAGGCCAGCAUCUGGGAACCCGAGCCAGAGACCGAGCCCUCCGCAGUACCUCAAGUGACUGAAGAGUCCCCUACGGAGCCACUUGUCACUGAGAAGACCGCUAAACCUGAGCAUGAAGUCCUCGCCAGUGAGGCUGCUGUACUCGGCCAAUCUGAGGAGGCCAGUGCCAAAAUCCGUGGUGUCGAAGAACCAAUUCCUGGAAGCGAGACAGUGGCUCCAGAACCAACGACCACGGACAGAAUUAUCGAGUCCCAAGAGAAUGUAGCCGAGGACGUCGCACCUGUAGUAGUCGAGGACCCUACAAAUGAUCAGCUAGUCACUGAGGAGGGCGUCAUUCCCACUCCUCAGACUCAAAAUCAAGAUGUUUCACAAGACGAGCCUGAAUUCUUUGUCACCAAGAAGUCCAAGAAGGAUAAAAAGAAGAAGCGCGCCAGUCAGAUCCAGGAUUGGGAACCUGAAACAUCUACUAGCACGCCCGUUCAAGAGGAGCCUCAAAGCCAAUUGGAAGUGGAGCCCUCUCCUGUACAAGAGGACGCGAGUCUUCCCCAAGACGAACCUACCGUGCAGGAGAGCAUCCCUUCUCAGCCUGCAGAGACGCCGGAUGACAUCUUCCCUGAGUUUACCGUGGGCAAGAAAUCAAAGAAGGACAAGAAAAAGAAGAAGGGUAGCCAAGCGUUCGACUGGGAGCCUGAGCCUGAGCCUGAGAUAGCCACGCCAAUCGAAGAGCCUCCAAAGGUUGAAGAACCUCGGCAUCUCGAGGAACCUCAGACGGUCGAAGAGACUCGGACGGCUGAGGAAUUGCCGAAAUCACCUGUCUUGGAGCAGCCUCUAGAAAACGAAAUGCCUGUUGUACCUGAAGAGCACCUUUCGGCCAGCAAGGAAGCAGAGGACCCGCAGGAGUCAUUCUCUGGAUUUGUGUCCAAGAAAGACAAGAAGAAGAAAAAGAAGGGUCUUCAAGCUCAGGCUGACUGGGAAGAGCCUGCUAUUGCCACCGCCCAAGACGAAGCGCAGCCCCUCCAGGACAACUCUCUGGUGUCCGAGCAGCAAAUCGAGGAGGUUGCACCUUCCCAGGACGAGCUACCUGUAUCGAGAGACGCUCAACCUGCAGACGAAUUGCCGGAAUUUGUUUCGACCAAAAAAUCCAAGAAGGACAAGAAAAAGAAGAAGGGGCAAGCUCAAUUUGAUUGGGAGGAACCAUCAGCCCCCACACCCGUUGAGGAUCCUCUUUCAGCACAGCAGUCGAUGCAGGACCCAGCGCUGGAACCGGCACAGGAUACCGUGACCAUUGAGCAACCUGCCAGUGGAGAAGCCGGCUCGACUGAUGCGGCCAAUCUCACCACUGCAGAACCCGCAGAUGAAUUUCCCGAGUUUGUCUCUAGCAAAAAGUCCAAGAAGGAUAAGAAAAAGGCAAAGAAAGCCGCUAUCCUGUCGACAGAGCCCGAACCUGAGCUUCCUGGUGAGGACAAGAUCACUGCUGUUAAGGAUGAUACCAUGUCCCCACAGCCCUUGCCUGAAGCUUCGGCUGGUGAAGAUCUCCCUCCGAACAAUGAUGAAUUGGCAUCCGCUGCUGCAGAGCCAAGUGUUGACCCGGAGAUGCAAGUUGUGCCUGCGACAGAACACGUGGCUUCUACUUCGGCUCCAACUGGCAUUGUGGAACACUCAGAUGCUCAGCCUGACUUGGAAUCAGAGCCCGUGAUGCAACUGCAAGAGCAGUCCACUGUAGAUGCUAUCAGUAAUGAUGCGCUGGCGGCCGAGAGCAGCGGACUUCAUCAAGAAGGCGACCAGGUUCAGAGCAGGGAAUCGCCUGAGAAUGUACCAGACGAGGGGAUACCAGAGCCGCCGACCGUCAUACCUCAAGAUGACACUGGUGACUUCUCCGAAUUCGCUGUCAAUAAGUCAAAAAAAGAUAAGAAGAAGGGAAAGAAAGCAAAGGCUCUGGAAAACUUGACCUGGGGCAAUGAUCAACCCGUGCCUGAUCAAGUAGAGCAAGUAGUCUCUGAGGAUGCUUCUACUCAUGCGGAAUCAGCUCACGAUCCUGCAACCACCGUUCCCAUCACUGAGGAAGCACCGUUACAACCCGAGUUGGCAAGCGAACAGCCGGCCGAACCAGAAUCUUCUAUACCAAGGGAUACUGGGGAAGACCUCUUUCCACUCACUCGAAAGAAGUCGAAGAAAGACAAGAAAAAGCAGAAGGCAGUCGCCUUGCUCGAUUCUGAUCCUCCAUCGGGCACCCAGACGCCGCAACCAGAGGUACCGCAGGAUGACUCCAUGGGUCCUACCUCAUUGCCGUCUGAGAUUCGAGAGAUCGCCAACCCCGAGCUCAGUCAAGAUAUUUCUGUUGCCGAGCCUCUAGAGCUCGAAAUCGGCGGUAAGACUGUGGUAGAGCAGCUGGAGUCAAGUGAACCCGUCGUCGAGGAUUGGCCAGAGUACGCUACCAAGAAGUCAAAGAAGGACAAGAAGAAGCGGAAGUCAAUUGCUCAAGUUGAGUCAGAGCCAGCGUCUGGAGCUCAGACACCUACGAUCAAUGAAAACCAGCUUGGUGAUGAGAUAAACCCAGAGGCUACCACUGUGGAGGCAAAGGAGCCUCCAAUCACUGAGACUAUGACCACAGAGGAGCCUGCGAUCACUGAACAUACCAUCACAGAAGAGCCUGUUGCUCCUGCGCCUGUCGACGAUGAAUGGGCCUCCUUCUCGAACAAGAAGUCAAAAAAGGACAAGAAGAAGCGGAAGUCCCUUGGCUUUGCUGAGUCUGAACCAGCUUCUGGUACUCAAACACCAGCGGUGGAGCAGACAGACUUGGACCUCAGCCUGCCUGAGAGCGCUGCAGCUGCAGCCGCGCCAAUAUCUGACCCUUCCGAGCCACUUCAAGCCACAGAGCCAGAGCCAGCGCCAGAGCCUAGCGCUCCCGUCGAAGAUGAGUGGCCCAGUUAUGCAACUAAAAAGUCCAAGAAAGACAAGAAGGGAAAGAAAAAGGGCAAGACAUCCGGUACAACAACUCCGCUUGAGUCUCAGCCUCCGAUUGGGACAGAACUUGAUUCAACUAAAGCCAAGGAUGUUUGGGAUGAUGACAGCUUCUUCCAGCCGAAAGAUCAAACACCGGGCGAUGCUACCCCUGAAGAGACUCAGCCCUUCGACCCUCAAGAAACCUCGCCAGGCAUCGACCUGUCUCCUGCUCAAACGACGAGCAACCUCGAUCACGAGGCACCGUUUGACCAUACAACACAACGUGGGAAGAAGGUCAGAAUGCAUUCGCACUUGGACGACACUAUCAUUCCCGAGCCCAUCUCUGCCUCUCGAGAAUACGCCGCUUCUUACCUGGAGGACCCGAGCCACAGCGUGACCAAGCACAGAGACUCUUCCUCGAUGCCAGAAGUUCCUAUGGACGAUACUUCCCGAUACGGUUACGAGGCCGCAAUCCCGUCAAGUCCAUACCCAAGUUAUCAUGAGGCGGGCUAUGAAAAUGAAGCAUCCUCCAGACAAGAGAAAGACUCGGAAGACAUCUUGCCUCCCAUCACACCAGCUCGCGAGAUGGCAGCUGCAUACUUUGAGUCACAACCGAAGUUGCUCGAAGAAAUACCCCAGGACGAUCAGAGUUGGGGGUUCAAGUCGAACCAGACCAGCCUACCACCAAUCACCCCUCGCCGAGAGAUAGCCGCUUCGUACUUUGAUCCCCAGCCUGAACUGCUGGGAGGUGCUUCUAAGCGAGAGACUAGCCCUGAGCUUCUCCCCGUGGUUUCUCAGUCAAGCGUCAAGGCUGGUAAAGAAUCUCAGGCUGCCCGCGAUAUGGCUGCAGAUUUCAUGGAAUCUCGAUCUGGCAAGACUAGGAAUUCUGGAGAGUCGAGCUCUUUGAAGAUGGAGUCUGAGAGACAAGACGACCCCAGCACCGCUGAGGCAUUGGCGGCUGCUGGCGCACUGACUGGUGGUGUAGCGCUGCUAGCAGACAAAUUUGGAGGUUCAAAAAAGACUAAGGGCAAGGGUAAGAAGAAGUCGAAAUACGUUGACAAGAGAACUCCCAAGGAGGACGACUUCUUCGAUGAUCCAUCAUUGUGGGAAUCCUCAGAGCGGAAAACGGUAGCAGACGGCGGAAGACUUGAUGCUGACACGGGUGACUUCUGGGAUGUACCGGCGGAUGCGGAAGGAGAAGCAGAGGGCGCAUCGCAGACAAUCAUGGACGCAGAGGCAGCAGAACAGCGGGCUCGCGGCAUUCCCGAAAACCUCAUGGCAAGCAACUGGGACUCGGCUGAGAGUCCCGUGACGGGACGAGAAGAGACGCGGUCUUUCGCGGAGCACCAGCCAACGAAACAGGAGGCUCAACCGUCGGAAUACCAGAGUACGGAUCUUAUGAGAACUUUGGACGACAUGGACACUUCGGAACCGGUAGGCGAACGCAGUAUCAGCGGCCACGACUACGAUUUUCAACGGACACUACCUUCGAGUCGCGACAUGGAUUGGGCUCGAACAUCGACAAUGUCAGUCAGGAGCUUGCCUCCCGUAGAGGAAGAGCCAAAUGAAGAGCUCGAGGCUACCUUGAGCAAGAAGCCGCAGCCCCGCGAAGUCAUGCGCACGCCGGAUAUCAACAGGGACAGCGGUUUCAUAGCCAACUCGCCGCAGUCCGCAAGACGCAGUUUGACUGAAGACAUCGGUAAUCGCGACAGUGGGGUUCACAUGCGAGACUGGCCCGAGCAUGCCCCUCCGAAACGUGAGGGCCUCUCGUCAUUUGACGAGACCGGUGCCCGGCUGUCGUGGGCAUCUGAGGACUCUAGAUCAGGCAGUGCGCGCGACAUUCGUACGCCCAAGACCGGGGAGAAGAAGCACCAAAAGUCAGCCCUCGGGAACGAGACCCCACGGCUGAGCACCCCUAGCCGACUUGGGCGAGACACAUCACCAGACCCUGAGAAAAAGGACGAGUCACAUGCGACAAGAACCAAGACACCGCGAUCAGCUAAAUACCAGACUCUGGGGACGGAUGCGAGCCCAGCGCUGACACCGCAUGCCUUUGGACAAAGGAGCGUGUCGGACAGCCUGAGCCGAGAGGGCAGCCCUCGCGCCGAGGCCGAGAACCACCGGCGCACUGCGUCCAACACCAGCCUCUCGCGACUGAGGACGCCAGAGCCGCUGAACUUGCGGCCUGACAGCCCAGGCAGCAUCCGGUCGUCAGGCACCAACACCCCGCCACUCAGACGGGUGGAUAAGCGGGUCAGUGGGGACCUGCGGUCUCUCAGCCAACACAACGGCAGCCACUCCAGCCUCCACUCGACCACCACCAGGGACACCAAGGACAAGGAUCUGGCCGCUGCCGCCGCCGCCGCCGCCCACCACGCUGAGCGCCGUGCUCAGUCUUCAACAACGCCGCCCGUGGCCAACGAAGGCCGUGUCCGAGCCAAGGACAUGACCGACGUAUAUGAUGGCUUGGGCGAGGGCCGCAUCGGCUCUCCACGAUCGCCCACCAGACCGCACAGCAUGCGCCGCCGCCAGAGCAUGCAGGUCCUGGAACUCGAGUCCCGCGUCGAGCAGUUGAUCGCCGAGAACCGCAUGCUGGCCGACGCGAAGCUGCAUGCCGAAUCUGGUGUCAACCAGCGAGCUGCCGUCACUCUGAACGAGCGCGAUGCCUUGAUCGAACAGCUCCGCUCCAGCCUCGACGAGUAUAAGCGCGAGAUCGACCGACUCAAGGAGGUCAACGAGGGUCUCCACAGCGCCAACGCCCAGCUCGCCCAGCAGCACAAUGAGCAAUACAGCCACCUCGAGGUCCAGCAUGCCACUGCCGCCUCCGAGCUGGAGGGUGUGCGUGGUACCUUCACCCGCUCCUUGCAAGAAAAGGAUGCCGAGAUAGAGCAGCUCCGGCAGGAACUGGAGGCGACCAAGCAGCAAGUGCGGGAGAUGCAACGACAGAUCCUCGCAUCCAAGCCUCCCGACGCCGACUUCCUGCGACUCAGGGACGAGGACCACUUCGACAAUCGCUGCCAGCAGCUCUGCGCCCACGUGCAGCAGUGGGUCCUGCGCUUCUCCAAGUUCUCGGACAUGCGCGCGGCCAGAUUAACAAACGAGAUCAACGAUGAGAAGAUCAUUGACAGGCUUGAUAACACCGUCCUGGAUGGCUCCGACGUCGACGACUACCUGAGCGACCGAGUCCGACGUCGCGACAUCUUCAUGUCCAUGACCAUGAAUAUGAUUUGGGAGUACGUCUUCACGCGCUAUCUGUUUGGCAUGGACAGGGAGCAGCGCCAGAAGCUGAAGGCCCUGGAGAAGCUUCUGUCCGACGUCGGCCCGCCACAUGCUGUCCGUCAGUGGCGUGCUGUGACCUUGACUCUUCUGUCAAGGCGGCCCGCCUUCGGCAAUCAGCGCAACGACGAUACCGAGGCUGUCGUACAAGCCAUCCUGGAGACUCUGUCCAAGAUCCUCCCACCGCCCUCCAACAUGGAGAACCAGAUACAGUCACAGCUUCGCCGCGUCCUCCGCGAAGCUGUCGAUCUGUCAAUAGAGAUGCGCACACAGCGCGCGGAGUUCAUGAUGCUCCCGCCGCUCCAGCCCGAGUACGACGCCAACGGCGACCUGGCGGACACGGUCACGUUCAAUGCCUCGCUCAUGAAUGAGCGAUCCGGCAGCUCAACCUCCAAUGAGGAACUCGAGGCCCAAGGCGCCGUUGUACGCACGGUACUCUUCCCUCUCGUCGUCAAAAAGGGCGACGACAAUGGCGUUGGCGACGAGGAGAUCGUCGUCUGCCCUGCACAAGUAUUAGUGGCCAAGCCGAGUCACCGCUCUAUCCGCAUGGUGACUCCAUCAUCUGAGUUCGGCGGUGCGCCUAUUUCGCGAGGCGCCACUCCUUCGGUUAUAUCGAAGAGCGUUGUGAGCCUCCCCAUGUCGCCGGGCUCUCAGGCCGAGGCAGAAUACAUGGAAGGUGGCAUCUAA